AUGAUCUUCUAUCGUCCAUUCAUCGAUGAUGUGUUUAUAAUAUGGAGAGGGGACUUGGAGUCAAUCACAUCUAUGGUAAAUUUGAUUAAUGAAGCACCCACACCGAUCAAACUCACAAUGACAGCAAGCCCCACAGAAGUCGACUUCCUCGACGUCCACAUCUACAAGAACCAGUCCAAACUAGCAUACACCCUCUAUACCAAACCAACAGAUAGAAAUACAGUACUCAAAGCAGACAGUUUCCAUCUGAAACCAUUCAAGGAAUCACUACCACUCUCCCAAAUUAUGAGGGUAGUGCCCAACAAUUCUGAUCCUGUGAAUACCCAAAAACAGAUCAAAGAGAUGUGGACCUAA